CGGAAGCAGAAUGGAUCUCGGAGUGGCGUCAUUAGCCAGUCUUGGUGGUACAAAUAUCUUGGCGGGAGAAGAGCUGCUAGGGCCGUGUUGUUUGAUGCCCUGUAACAGUGGAAUAUGAAGCAAGACGUAUCCAGGAGUGCUACCUACACAGUGGACUGUGAAGACUAUGUCCAUGUGGUGGAAUUCAACCCCUUUGAUUCUGGGGAAGCUGGGUCACUAAUUGCAUAUGGAGGAAAUAGCUAUGUAGUUAUAGCUUCAUGCCGAUUUCAGGAAGAAGAUUCUACAGUGCAAGAUAUAGAAUUUAAGACAUUAAAAACUUUUCAUCAUGGGGUAAGAGUAGAUGCUAUUGCCUGGAGCCCAGAAACAAGGUGUGAUGCUUUAUCUCCUUUACUAAGGUUUUGCACUGCAGCAGGUGACAAAACAAUCAGAGUCUUCACUUCAGAUUUUCAAGACAAAAAUGAGUACAAGAUAAUAGAAGGCCAUUCAAGUUACAUCAAUGAUGUUGUGUUUUGUUCUAGCGAAGGAAGUGAUAUAGCAAGUGUUAGCGAUGACCACACAUGCAGAAUCUGGGAUUUAGCAGGAAACCAGACUGCUGUUUUUAUGUUACGAUCUCCAGGAAUGAGUGUGGCCUGGCAUCCGGAAGAACCUUUUAAGCUGAUGGUGGCAGAAAAGACUGGAGUUAUCCGUUUCUAUGAUCUUAUUGCACAGCAGGCCAUUCUGUCAUUUGAGUCUACGCAGGUUCCUCUGAUGUCAGCAGAUUGGUGCUUAAAAAACACUUUCCGAGUAGGGGCAGUAGCUGGAAAUGACUGGAUAAUUUGGGAGAUGCCUCGCUCCAGGUACCCUCAAGAUAAUAAGCCUGUCCAUGCAGAUAGAGCAAGAUGUUUCAGGUGGUCCAGAUGUAAUGAAAAUUUGUUUGCAACCACUGGAUGUCCAGGAAAAAUGAACAGCCAGCUUCUUAUUCAUCACUUGGGACACCCACAGCCAAUCCUCACCGGUUCUGCUCUUGUGGGAUCUGGACUUACCUGGCACAGAACACUUCCUCUUUGUGCUGUUGGAGGUUACCGGAAGCUUUUUUUCUGGGUGACAGAAAUGUAAAUAUUUCAGAAAUCCUUUACAAAAGAGUAUUUUUUAUAACUGUGUUAAUGUAUUUACUGUUAUCAGUUUGUAAUACUUUACCAAAGGAUACUGUAAAGUUCCACAUGUGUGAAAACAAUAAAUAUAAACAUGUAAACAAAAA